UUGUUUUCACGCCAGUCCGCUGUGGUUGUUUUGGACACAUGCUCUGGACUCACAGGUAACACCAGUACAGACAGAGGACUGAAGUUCAUGUUGGAAAAUGUCUGCUAGACGGUCAUCCAGAGUUAGAGGACCACCCUCAAAGUUUACGGAUGAAACGAACGGAUUUGAAGAAAUGAGUGGUGAAGAAAUGUCUGAUGCAGAAAGAGGUCACAUUCAGUGGUAUAGAGGGAGAACCCAUGGUGAUGUGACUGGUGAUGUGGGCAGAGACCGAAGCCGCUCUCCACAUCAGAGAUGGAGGACGGAGGCAGAGCCUGAUGAUGGAGUCCCACAAUCACUGACAUUCAACCCCAAACGUGCCCCGGGUGUUCAGCCGCCACUCAACAUGGGAAGCCCAUCACCAGGUGAAAUUUUUUCACACUUUUUCAGCGCUGCAGUUUUCAAACUCCUAUGUGAAAACACCAACAAGAAUGCAGCCAAAAACCUGGAGAGGGGAAAGAAGUUUGACUGGAGUGAAGUGACUCCAGGUGAAAUGCAGAAGUUUGUUGGCAUGCUGCUGUACAUGUCGGUGCUGGAUCUCCCCAGGAUGAGUGACUUUUGGCGUCGAGAAUCUAUUUUCCAUGUGGCAUUCCCUGCUACCGUCAUGGUCCGAAACCGGUUCAUGUCCAUCUUAUCUAAUCUUCAAAUGAGUGACCCAGAAGAAUGUGAAGAAAAUGAUAAGAAAAAGGGCUCAGAGGAUUAUGACCAGUUCCAUUUGGUCAGACCGCUCAUGGAAAUGAUUUGCAUGAACUGCAAAUCCAUCUAUCAUCCAAGACAGCAUCUUGCAGUGGAUGAGAGGAUGGUUAGGACCAAGGCCAGGUUCGGCAUCAAACAGUAUCUGAAGGGCAAGCCAACAAAGUGGGGGCUGAAGUUUUUUGUUCUGGCUGACGUCAAUGGCUACAUCAUUGACUUCAUACUCUACAAGCCCAACAGAGCUUCAGGAAAAGGGCUCUCGUUUGACAUUGUAGCGACACUAGUCGACAAAGACUCCCUGGGAUCUGGAUAUAUUAUCUAUACAAACAAUUUCUUCACCAAUCCCAUCCUCUUUCGACACCUGAGGCAGCAGGGAUUCGGAGCUUGUGGGACAUACAGGCAGGGAAGAGAUGGUACCCCCACCACUCAAGAAAAUGCCCUCACCAAAACAUCCCCACGAGGCAGUAUCCGGUGGAUCAGGGACAGGGAGCUUCUGUUCGUCAAGUGGAUGGAUGUGAGAGAAGUCUCAUUGUGUUCAACUGUGCACUCUGUGUUCAGUGGGGACAUAGUGGACCACUAUGUGUCAGGUGACGGGGCAGAACAAAAGAUCUCCCUCCUCAGACCAACAUCAGUCACAGAGUACAAUAAGUACAUGGGGGGAGUGGACACCUCUGACCAGAUGAUCGGUACACAUUCAGUUCCCCGGAAAACUAUGAGAUGGACCGUCACUAUUUUUCAGCAUCUGGUUGACAUCGCUGCGACAAACUCCUUCAUCAUCCACACAGAUCGCUGUGACAGCAUGCAACAAAACCCCAUGACCCGUCAGCGAUUCCAGGAGCAACUCACUGCACACCUCCUUGGUGUUAAGUUGAAAAAUGUCCCUCAGAUACCCCCAGGUCAGAAACACCUACCUGUCCCCACCAGAAGCGAACAUACUGAGGCUCACAAAGCCGGUCAGGGGCGACGGCGCUGCAGACUCUGCCAUAGGAGCACUGCAUGGAUGUGUGAGGCCUGUGAUGUGGGCCUGUGUCUGCAGCCAGACAGGAACUGUUUCUGGCAGCACCACCAAGGCCACUCUCUGCAGUAGAGGAAGGACAGUUGCCCUGUGGGGUAAAAAACGCCUGUACAUUGUUUGCAUUUUUGCCUUGUUUGUGCACAACAAGAGACAAAGAUUCACAAUUUUUUUUUUAUGUACAUUGUUUUUAUACUUUUCAAAGUUCACAUUUAACAUUCAAAAUCUGUUAUUCAUGUUUAAUUUUGGUGUUUUUUAUCUACUAAAACUCAAAUCCAAUUUCAUUUUUGUGGUUUUCUUUCAUUUUAAGCUGUUAUUUCAGUAUUAUAACAUGCAGUAAAUUGUAAGUCACUGCUAGAUUUUGAAAGGUCCAAGUGUUCUGAAAAAAUGGGCAAAAGGACUUACAGCAUAUUUUCUAAUCUUUUUAUUGUCAAAGUAAGAAAAAAAAAAGUCCAGGUGUACUAUUUUAGACUUAGGAUUUAAAGGGAAUGCGCUUGUCGGUGACUCAUGUAGACUUGGCUGUCAAAUAUCUUGAAUAGCUCGCUGCUUCCCUGAUGUGCUACUGUCAACUUGAGACUUGCAUUCUAAGUCCAUUCUCUUAGACCAUUCAUACCAAGACUGAACUCAGUGAACUUGAUAUUGAGAAACGCCUAAUAUCUCCAUUUGGUUACCUGUGUGUUCUGGUUUGAGAAAGGAAGCUGAGGAUUUUUUUCCCCUUUUUUGAGAUAGCUGGUCCUUUCUCACCCCCUCAUUAUGCUCUGCUGGUGCCACUGGUUUCAUGGCCUGAGGAUGAACUAUCCCUGAGGCUGUUGUUCCCAUCAGAUGACACCAGUAUGAAGAGCAUGUUGGGUGAGUGGAGUCUCAGAUACUGGUCUCCUGUGGACAAUAGUUUCUCCUUUUUUGAAACAGUAGUGGAAUAUAACUAGUGUUAAGUCUGCUUUGCCACUGAGAAAUAUUCCUCUACUCUGUGACCCCCCAUCAGGUUAAAUAGUUUGAAAACUGUACUCUACAUGACUAUUUGCACUCCUACACCGUGGGUCUGCAAAGACUGAACAGCUGUCAGCGCCCUCCUGGUUAAAUCCCUUAUUGAGAAUUUUGUGAAUAAACACAGUCUCCACUCACAUGGACAAUUUAACUGGCCCUUGAGUUUAAAAGUGUGGAUGUUAACACCCCAACUACUCUAAACUACUUGGUUGUGUCUGUCUGGUGGGUGGAUCCUGACAAAGUUGGGAGUUUUGGUUCCUCAAAAGCAUGCAGCCUUUGCAAAUGGAGUCACCCAGUUUAGAUGAGCCUCAGUGACUCCUGACAGACCUGAACACAUACACAAAACCUUUACCGUUCACCAGUUUAUAUAGGUGUGUUCAUCACAUUAUGAUCAAUAACUAAUUGGUUAGUUUUUCUUGAAUUUCUACCAGUGUAAUGAAUGUAUUUUUCUUCAUAUAGCAAGUACAAUCAUUCAAUUGCUAUUAACACGCCUGUCACAAAACUCUUGAUCCCUGAAAGAAAUAUGACGCCUCAUUCUUCAGUCUUACCUCCAUCUUUGAGGUCAGAAACGGGCAGGUCGCCCCAAUGACCUGCAACGACUUCAGAAACACUCAGCUGUGUCAGGAUUCACCCAGAAGACACACAGAUUAUGAGUAUUUUGUCAUAAUUUAAGUGUUUGACUCACUGUAGAAACUGUUUAACUCUUUAAUUCAUACACGUGUAAUAUUUUAAAGAGUUUUAAUCUAUACUGAAUACAGAGGCAGUGAACCUGAAAGAUUAAGAUAAAUUCUAUGUUCAGAUUGUUUGUCGUUUUAUGGCGUUUUCUUUUUAGUCUCAUACCAAACAGUGGAGGUGAGCCAGUUUGUCUCCAUUAAAAAAA